AUGUGGAUUCAAAUGUUUUUCAACACAAUGCUGGUGGUCCUGACAGACUUGGCAGCCAAGUUGUUGGGUAACAGUCUGUGUCGGCAGCAUUUUCACCUGCUGUUGUCUGCAGUGGUGAUGUUCGGCCCUGCACUAAGUCUAUGGGUAUCUCAUCACAGUGUAUUUGCCAAGAGAAGUCACUUCCUUUACAGGUUGUUCUUGCACUCUGGUUGGGGAUGGACCUGCAUCUUUGUUGGUUCUUUCGUUUUCCUCCUCUCCUUCUCCAUCCGUCGUUCCCUCUCACUGUCCCUUCGUCAUCUCUCGAGGCUUGCAGUGGCCGUUGGACUAUGGCUAGGUUGUUGCAAACUUCUGGAUCUUCUGGAGAAUGCCACAGGAAGCUGCUACGAAACUUUACAGUCUGGUCAAGAAGUCACCAACAGGCAGCCUCUGCUGGUCCUGCGUGACGGGGAGAGCAAGUCUGAGUGCCUGAAAGCCGGGAUGCUGUGGAGGGGUUAUGAGGUUUCAGAAGACGUUUUCCUUCUCUGUCUGUGCUGUCUGCUGCUGGUGGAGGAAACAUCUGUGUUUGGCCCUUAUCUCAGCCUUGGUGGGAUCUCUGAUGCGCCUCUGAGGAUCCUCUUUUUGUUUUGUGUUCUGCUUCUUGGACUCUGGAUCUUUCUGCUACUCUGUCUCUUAGCUUACUUCCCUCGUUUUCCUACCCAGCUGUUGGGGGGUGCUCUAGGCUGUCUGGUUUGGAGGGGACUGUAUCAGGGCUGGUAUCGUAUGGGCCCCAGGUGGUACUGUCCUGGGAGGCCCGGUCAUGGACUGCUUAACACAAAGACCAGCAGCACUGAGACAGAAGAUGCAGUGAACUACAGUCACUACCAUUAGCUGCACAUAACUAAGAUUUUUUUUUUUACAUGGGACAA